AUGAAACAAGCUGCAAGGAAAGUUGUUCAAGAGGUUUCGGUUUCGAAUGCCUUCCGAAGUAGUCAAACGACGAGAGAAAGUUUGGGGAAUAUUGAUGACCCCACUAAUGGUCGACGUGUUCUCAACUUGGGUUAUUUAGAUAUGCCCUAUGGUCAGGGAGAAUUAAAUCGAUUUGAGAAACUCCUUUUGCACUCAGCGGAAUAUGGAGAUAUGAACACAGCUCGCAGGCUGAUCGAAAAUGCUAAGCAUUAUAAUGUAAAUGUCAAUUGUUUAGAUGCUAUGGGAAGAGGAGCUAUUCGAAUUGCAAUAGAAACGGAACAAAUUGAACUCCUCCAAAUGCUUCUCACCUAUGAGGCGAUUGAACUGAGAGACAGUCUACUUCAUGCAAUAUCGGAGGAGAAUAUUCAGGCUGUUGAACUCAUCUUACAGGCACAAAGCGAACGCCAGCAAAGAAAGAAUCUUAAGGGUCUUUUAGGGCACGUCGAAUCGUCAGUUUUCACUCCCGAUAUCACACCUCUAAUUCUUGCGGCUCAUCGCGACAACUACACCAUUAUAAAACUCCUUCUUGAUCGUGGCAAUAGGAUCACCAAACCCCAUGAGUUGAGGUGUGCAUGCAACGCUUGCGUUCAAGCAAGUCGUGAAGAUAGUCUUCAGCAUUCAAAGCUGCGGAUAAACGCUUACAAAGCUCUUGCAAGCCCGUGCUUCAUCAUUCUCUCCAGUUCUGACCCGAUUCUAACAGCGUUUGAACUCAGUUGGGAGACUAAACGCUUAGGGAGAUUGGAAAAUGAAUUCAAAGAAGAUUAUGAGAAGCUUUCAAAGAACUGCGAAGCCUUUGCUACAGCUCUUCUGGCUCAAACCCGUGGUUCAACUGAGUUAGCAAUUAUACUGAAUCAUGAUUCAGGAAAUAGUAAAGGCGAUGACACAAUUCUCUAUGGUGUACGCAGUGAUUUAACGGGGCAAACUAUGCAGCUCUCCAGAUUACGGCUUGCUAUUAAGUACAAGCAGAAGAGAUUUGUAGCUCAUCCGCACUGCCAACAACUGCUGGCUUCCCUGUGGUAUGACGGGUUGCCUGGUUUUCGUCGUAAACCAUUCAUAGUCCAAGCUGGAAUCAUCUUUUUGAUUUCAUUAUUUCACCCAAUUCUCUGCAUUUGUUGCCUUAUUGCACCAGACUCCCGCUGGGGUGGAAUGUUGAGGAAGCCAUUUAUCAAAUUCAUCUGUCAAAGCAGCGCUUACAUCUCAUUUCUGAUUCUGUUGACACUGAUCGCUCUUCGCCUGGAAUUCUACUUCUCAAAUAGCAUGGAGCAGCGCAUGAGUUGUCGAGACCCAUCUCCAUCGUUCUUCGAAAGUUUCGCUAUUUUCUAUGUAAUAGGCUUCGUAUGGCAGGAGAUAAUGAGUAUUUGGAUGCUGGGAGUGCGAGCUUAUAUGAGUGAUAUGUGGCAUUUGCUGGAUUUUACGCAAAAUUCACUCUUCAUUUGUACAAUCGCUCUACGCAUAGCUGCGUGGAUCAGAGUUAGGAUGUACAACGAACCGAGCGUUCAAGAUCGCAGUAAGUGGGGUGCUUACGAUCCGAUUCUCGUAUCAGAAAGUUUGUUCGCGAUAGCGAAUAUUUUCGCCACUCUCAAACUCAUCUACGUAUUCACCGUCAGUCCUCAACUCGGACCCCUCCAAAUCAGCCUUGGUCGAAUGUUGAAUGAUAUCCUAAAGUUCUUCUGUGUCUACAUUCUCGUUUUGGUUGCAUUUGCUUUUGGAUUGAACCAAAUCUACUCUUUUUACGCACACGAGAGAGUUAGCAGUUGUCAAGGUGUUCAUUUCAGUGUUAGCGAAGGAUUGAAAGAUAUUUACGACUACUGUGUUACCCACGGACGUUAUUUUUCAAACCUUUUUGAAAUUGUUCAAUCCCUUUAUUGGUCAACCUACGGUCUGAUUGAGCUCUCAAAUUUUAACCUGGAGUAUCCGCACAGUUUCACGGAAUUUAUCGGCAAGCUCAUCUUCGGAAUCUAUUCGGCCAUCGCUUUCAUUGUUCUUCUCAACAUGCUGAUUGCCAUGAUGAACAACUCAUAUGAGCAAAUUUGGGAACAAGCGGAUACUGAGUGGAAGUUUGCCCGUUCCAAGCUCUGGAUCAGUUAUUUUGUUGAGGGUUCAACUCUGGCAGUUCCAUUCAACUUAAUUCCUUGUCGAACCACCCUUACCCGACUCUUCAAAUGGUGCCGACGCCACAAUCGAAGUGGGGAGGAUGGAGACGUGGGCUAUAAUUGGCCGAAUGAUAAGGAAAAGGCUCAAAAAGUGAAUGAGAAUGUGGAACGCCAUGCUGCUGUAAUGCGUGAGUUGGUCAAACGAUAUCUUAUGCAACGGCAAAUGGAAAACUUCGGCCAAGGUGUCACUGAGGAUGAUCUCAACGAAAUCAAGGGCGAUAUCAGUGCUUUCCGUUUCGAGCUACUCGACAUUCUUCGUGACAAUGACAUGAAAGUCAAUGCGAAUGAUAACCUUGGAAAAUUUGGUCGUCUGCGCCGCAGGGCAAGUCGUCGAAUUUAUAAUUCAUUCUGGAAGAUUGGAAAUGUAAACCUGGAUGAUCUAGAUCAGGUGCCUUCAGCUCCGGAACCACAAAACGUUCAACAAAAGUCAGAAGAUCAAUCCCAACAAACGACGGAAUACUCUAUUCAUGAGAGUGUUCAGCCUGUGGAAGUUACGCCUUCAUGUGUGGCUGAAAAUUGUUAUCGCAUGCAAUUGCCACUACGAGAAUUCAAAGUGCAGGAAGGAAGUGCUUUCAGUGGACCGUAUACCAAUCCCGGAUUCGUUCCUGAAAUUGAAGUAACUAUGCCGGAGGACAAUGAGGGCAUUCAAACUGAUGACACAUUAGAUUCAUCUUCUACUGUUCAGGAGUAUAGCGUUCAACAUACUCUAAGAGCUGACAUUCCCCUGCAGGAUACCAUCAGUCCGCCUGUUGCACCCGAGUACAGGGAUGAGAAGCAGAACCCGAUCGAUUCAAGUGGAGCUUGUAGAACUGACUUCGUCUAA